UCGGGCUGGGGCGGUGUCUCCCCAGGGAAGACCCUCAGGCUGCAGGGGGGUGCUCAAGAGCAGGGGACCCCCGAGUUUAUAGGGCAGCGGGGACCCCAGGAGCGGGGGAGACCCUGGGGAGCAGGGGGCUGUGAGGAGGCGCUCAGGGGCAGGAGAGAUCUUCAGGAAUUCGGGCCCGGGGGUUGCCCGGGAGCAGGGGACCCCUAAGAGUGUGGGGAUCAGCAGGAUCACCGGGAGCAGGGGAGCCCCCCAGGCGUGCCGAGAGUGGGGUCUGGGGGGGUUUCCCAGGAGCAGGGCGUCCCCAGGGGUGGGGUUUUGCAUGGGGUGAAGGGUUCACAGGGGCCGGGAGAGAGGAGGAGCUGCAGGGGUUCAGGGCUUGAGUAACUCGGGGUCUCCCGAAUCCAGUGAGGGCCCCCGGCUCCCCCUGCCCACGUGUGAGCCGGGAUGAGCUCCCCUGGCAGGGCCGACAGCGCCUUCCCCCUGCACGUCCUGGUCUGGAAUAACGACUACAGGCGGCUGGAGCAGGAGCUGCAGGACAAGGAUGUUGACCAGCGGGAUCCGCGGGGCCGGACCUUGUUGCACUUGGCUGUUUCCCUGGGUUACUUAGAGUCUGCCCGAGUCCUCCUGCAGCACAAGGCAGAUGUGACCAAGGAGAAUGCACAGGGAUGGACAGUUUUGCACGAGGCUGUCAGCACAGGGGAUCCAGAGAUGGUCCAGAUGAUCCUGCAGCAUCGAGACUACCAGCAGGCCUUCAUGACCCUUGGAGGAGUUCCUGAGUUACUCCAGAAAAUUAAUGAGACUCCUGACUUUUAUGUGGAAAUGAAAUGGGAGUUCACUAGCUGGGUGCCCCUGCUCUCCAGGGUGUGCCCGAGCGACGUGUGCCGGAUCUGGAAGAGCGGGGCCAAGCUGCGCGUGGACAUGACCUUGCUGGGCUUCGAGAACAUGACCUGGGAGAGGGGCAAGAGGAGUGUCAUCUUCAAGGGAGGGGACACAGGGGGCUGGGCAGAGGUCAUCGUGAUCAACCAUGACGAGAAGUAUGUUAUGACAGAGAAGUUUGAGAUUUCCCAGCACAUGAAGCGUUUGAUUUUGGGAUCGAUGACACCAAACAGAAAAGGUGUGGAAAGACGCCUCACAUCUCCAAUUAUUAGCACAUGCCUUGAUACCAAAAACAUUGCUUUUGAGAGAACCACAUCUGGAUUCUGGGUCUGGAAGACAGAAAAAGCAGAAGGUGUCAGUGGUUAUGAAGCCAAGGUCUACAUGGCAAACAAUGUGAACGUGGUCACACGAAUCCGCACGGAACAUUUAACAGAGGAGGAGAAGAGGAGAUAUAAAGCUGAAGCUGACAGGAACCUCCUGGACUCAUUCUUGGGGACAGUGGAGCAUGAAUAUGGUGCUCAGAGUACGACCAAGACAACAGAGUGUGCUGCAACCAACAAUCCCACUGCUAUUACUCUGGAGGAAUACUUUGACCCAGAAUUUGAUUUGAAAGGCAGAGACAUAGGAAGACCAAAGGAAGUCACCAUUCGAACACAGAAAUUUAAAGCAACCUUGUGGAUGAGUGAGAAGUUCCCCUUGUCUCUUACGGAACAAGUCACCCCAAUCAUCGACCUGAUGGCCAGAACUAGUGCUCAUUUUGCCAGACUUAGGGAUUUCAUCACUCUGGACUUUCCACCCGGAUUUCCUGUCAAAAUUGAAAUUCCCCUGUUUCACGUGCUGAAUGCCCGAAUUACAUUUGCAAAUGUCAACAGCUGCAGGACAGCUGAGAAAAGCUCCUCACAGAUGGCUGGAGGUGCACAGUGUGAAGCAGGUGCUGGUUUUGAGGUGGACCAGUCGGUGUUUGAGAUCCCAGAGUCCUACCACGUCCAGGACGAUGGCAGGAACAUACACGUGCCGGAUGAAGAGUAUGAGAUCAUGCAGUUUGCCAUCCAGCAGAGUUUGUUGGAAUCUGGAGGAAGUAAAGAAUUGGGGGCAGAUUCCAAUGGAACAGUUGCAUAUUCCCAGGACUUCGAUAUACAGUAUCAGAGGGCACUGCAGGAGAGCCUUAUGACAAGCUCGGGGAGCUCCCACUGCAGCAGCCCCAGUGAACCUUCCAGCUUUGAGAAAGACUUGCAGCUUGCCAUGGAAUUGUCUGUCCGGGAGCAGGAGGAGCAGGAGAAGCAGCGUCAGGAAAAGGAAGAUGCAGAGCUUCAGCAAGUGCUACAGCUUUCUCUUGUGGAAAAAUAACUCCUCAGUGACCUCCUGAAGUAAGGAUGACCAAAUCUGUGUAAAACUGAAGGGUUUUGGGGCUGUCAGUCUAAAGACCACUCCUGGAUUGCUUAAGGAAACAUUUCACCUGCCUUUUAAGUUGGCAUCAGCAGCUACAAAAAGCUGACUUAUCUUUGUUUGAGGGAGUUUCAGAUCACAGGACUCUGCAUUUGGCUCCUCAACAGUGCAGUCUUAGCUUUGAAGGAAAUGCUUUUAUCUAAACUUAUUUAUUGAAGAGCAGAUGGAAGUUUUGCUUUAGCAUCAGGAUAUAGGAUUGCAGUAAAGCUUGAAAACCUGAUUUUUGGGGAGUUCAGGAGGGAAACUUCAUUACUUACCAAAGAAAUACUCAUCUGCUUCAUUAUUUCUCAGUAAUUCAAAGCCAUUGCCUGUUUCUUCCAGCUGUUACAGAGAGCAUCUCCCUGCCUACACACACACACGGUAGUUCUUCAUGCUGACAGAUGUUUUCUGUUAGUUUUGUUUAUAUAUGUGGUUCUCUCUCCUCUAGUUACUGGGAUUUGGGCACAUGCUCCUGCUUAAGAGGAAUAAUUUUAUACUUGAACAGCUCCAGAUUAAAACUAGUGCUUUCUGAAAAAGGACAAAACAAAUAGCCAGUAAAAUUUUAGAUCCUCAAAUGGGACCAUCUGCCCAGUAAAGCAGCAGUUCCUGCAGUGAUUCCAAACCAGCUCGUUCCCGUGGUCAGAGGGCAGCAAGAAAAUAUGGGAUACAUACAGGUGCUUCUUUGGGAUCACUUGGUGUGUGCCUGAGUGUGGGUGCUAAAUGCAACCAGGAAAAGAAUCCAGGUGAGAUUUUAUUGUAUCCUUAUGGGAAGAGAAGUUUUAAUUCUGUCAUCUGGAAGGGAAACGUGUGUUGCUUUUUAAAACCCCAGCGCUCAUCCUUCAUGUGAAUACAUCUAUUUUUUUAUCUGAAUGUUUUUAUUGAUUUUAAACCAAGCCACUAGGCCUGUGCUCCUAAAACUGGUCUCGUAACGAUUCCCAGGUCAGUUUUAACCAGCUUUCCUCAGGUUUUUGGCCAUACAGGAUGUUUGUAGCUCUUUUAUCUGCACUUCUGUCAGUGUUUACAGUACUCACACUGUGACUCUCAAGUGCACUCCACAAGUACACGAUGAACAGCCACAGGAAAGCCUUACAGUUGUUAAAUGUGAGCAAUAUUCCUCUGCUCUGGCUGGCAGGAGUGGAGGAACCUAUGGUACCCCUGCUCUGAGCUUGCUCCUAACCCUGCUCCUGUUCCUCAGGCUAAACAGGGCAGUUCUGGGUGACCAGCUAUUAAUUAACCAGUAUAAAAUCACUAUAAAAUGGACUUGAUCAUAACCAGUAGGAUAGUUGGUAACUUGGAACCCUAUUUUAAACCAAUAAUCCGUUGUUUUACAUAGGAAAUUAUUAAAAUUCCUUCAGUGUGCACUAGGACUGGCCUCUCCACACUGGUAGUGUCCUCUGGUACAGCUUCAUUCCCUAAAAACAGCUUCCUGGGUGCUGCAGGAGCAGGGACUGUCCUGCACAGGAGCAGUGGGCUGGGUUGGAAUUGCACCUUUCUUUGAAAAGGGGAUUACUGUGACUCUCACAGUUGGGGAAAAAGGGAAUAAUCCUUGUGUUGAGCUCCUGACAAGGUUGGAGGUAGGAGAGGAAACCCUGGGUGUUUCCUCCAGUGGGAAUAAAGAGUGCUGUUGCCUUUACACACCCAGCUGUCUGGCAGUGCCUGUCUUCUGUUAAGCAUUUCACAGGUUACAGGAGGGGUAAAAAUAAUCAUUUUUCAAGCUGACUUGUUCUGGGUUUGUAUUUAAACUAAAGAACAUUGAGCACUUUCAGUUGAAGUUUUGUUAUGCUACUGCUUCUUAGUCCGGGACUGUAAAAUAAAUGGGAUUUGCUUUUGGGUUUUUUGCUUUCUAUCACAUUUGUAUCAUUCCAGCUAAACUAGAAUGCCCUGCUUCCCUCACCCAGGUGCUGCUUUUCUUAAAGCUUGACUUUCAACCCAUACAGUGUAAGAUGGAUCCUCUGUGUGUGUUGGAAAUAAAACCAAAAGUACAGCACAUGUUACACCACACACAAGGAUUUUUUCAAAUGUGGUAUCUGGAGUCUGUUUUAAUAAGUAUUUUGUGGCAUUUUUGUACAUUAAAGUGACAUUAUCAUCUA